CAGAUCUUCUAUUAAAUGCAAUUAUUUUGAAAGGUAAGCCCGGAAGUGGCACGCUUGAGGCCGCCUAGCUUGACGCUGCUAUCUAAACUUGAGAAUGAAGCCGAGCACAGAAAAGCCGUUAGUUAGUUAGUAGAGGAGAAACUCACCGUCCAUGUCUUGUCCACACUUAUCAACCCGCUGACUAACUUGUUGACGGCAAUGUCGAGAGAAAACACCACUCGAAGUUUAGACAGCAUAGACCUCGCUGCUUUAAGAGAUCCAGCAGGUAUCUUUGAGUUGGUGGAGGUAGUUGGCAAUGGAACCUAUGGUCAGGUGUACAAGGGUCGUCAUGUCAAGACAGGCCAACUGGCAGCUAUCAAAGUCAUGGAAGUCACAGAGGAGGAAGAAGAGGAGAUAAAACUGGAGAUCAACAUGUUGAAGAGUUAUUCCCACCAUAGAAACAUUGCUACUUAUUAUGGAGCUUUUAUUAAGAAAGGCCCUGCUGGACAGGACCACCAACUCUGGUUGGUGAUGGAGUACUGUGGUGCUGGCUCUGUCACAGACUUAGUGAAGAAGACCAAGGGGAACUGUUUAAAAGAGGACUGGAUAGCUUACAUCUGCCGAGAGGUGCUCAGGGGUCUUUCUCAUCUUCACUCCCAUCAUGUGAUUCACAGAGACAUUAAGGGACAAAAUGUUUUGCUCACGGAGAAUGCUGAAGUCAAACUGGUUGACUUUGGAGUGUCGGCACAGCUGGAUAAGACGAUCGGUCGAAGGAACACCUUCAUCGGGACUCCCUAUUGGAUGGCUCCAGAGGUUAUCGCCUGUGAAGAAAACCCUGAGGCCACAUAUGACUACAGGAGUGACCUCUGGUCUUUAGGCAUCACUGCUUUAGAGAUGGCUGAAGGAGCUCCCCCUCUUUGUGACAUGCAUCCAAUGAGAGCGCUGUUUUUGAUCCCACGAAACCCUCCACCUAAACUUAAAUCAAAGAAAUGGUCAAAGCGAUUCUUGUCGUUUGCUGAUAGUUGUCUGAUCAAGAACCAUCUGCAUCGACCCACCACCGACGCCCUGCUGAGACACGCUUUCAUCAGAGAUCUGGCUAAUGAGAGACAAGUUCGCAUCAUGCUCAAAGAUCACUUGGAUAGAACCAGGAAGAAAAGAGAGAAAGAGGGUCCAGAGUAUGAGUACAGUGGCAGUGAAGGAGAGGAUGACGAGGUGACAGAGGAGGAAGGAGAGCCCAGCUCCAUAGUGAAUGUUCCCGGUGAAUGGACGUUAAGACGGGAGUUUCUUCGUUUACAGACAGAGGAUCGUGACGGGGUCAGAGAGGGAGGCCACGGGGGCGGUGGGGGUCAACAGAGACAGCAGGCCUUGCAGCAGCACAGGCAGCAGCUGGCGGAGCAGGAACGAUACAAGCAGCAGCUACUGGCCGACAGACAGAAGAGAAUCCAGCAGCAACAUGAGCAGCGGCAAAAGUUAGAGGAUCAGCAGAGGCGGCAACUGGCAGACUGCGCCUUUCAGUGGGCGGAGCUACAAGAGAUCUUUCCUGGGGAGGAGUCGGAGCUCCACGACAACAGAGUCUUAUUGGAUGAGAUACACAACAGGAGGAGCGACAGGAGACAGCAGGAGCAGCCAGGCAGACAGAGGAGUGCCGAUGUGUCAGUAAGGCCUCUGGACUCCACCGCAGAGCAGAGAGCCGUGGCUCCAAACCAGCUGCUUCAGCAUAAGGCCCAGCUCUCCCAGCCUCCGCUACAGCCGCAAGCCAAGCCCCAGCCUCUGGCUCAGCAUCAGCAGCCCUCAGCGGGCAGGAGAUCCCACCGCACCCUGCCCAAGGACCAAACCCAGCUCCUGUCGCUGCAGCACGACCACAGACACAGGGAGAGAGAGAGGCAGAGGCAGAGAGAGAAGCCUGUGGCAGCUGUCCAGAAGCUAACAGCUAAUAGUGGGAGCGCAGCUGCCACUGCUGCUGCCGCUGCCGCUGCUGCUGCUUCCUCGCCCAGUCGUCCUGCAAACAGCCAGCGCUCAGCGAUGGACUUCCAGGAAUCAAACCUUGCCAGGCUGCUUUUGGCUGCUGGUCUACCCAGCCAAAUGCACUCAAGGCUGGGCUCUGGGAGCAGCUCUAGUCCCUGUACUCCAGCCAUGCAGAGAGCUCACCUCAACCAGAAUGCCAAUCUGCGCUCAAGUCGGGAAGCCCCUCACAGCAGCUCUAUGUCAGAUAUGGCCAUCUCCCCGUUGUCCAUAUUUUCCCCCAUGUCUCCAACUGACGAUGUCUUCUGGGACUCCGGGACACCACCUAAGGUCCCAGAACGCACUACCUCCAAGUUCUACUGUCGAGAGCUGGUGAUGGGACACAAGAGGGCCGCUUCAAGUGGCAGCCCGGUGUCUGUAGCAGACAGGAGUGGACGCUCCGGCUCUCAUGGAGUCUCUUCUGGCAGCAGCAACCACCAAGGCUACUUCAAGCUGGAGAGUCCUCUUCUACAGCACCGUCUACAACAGCACAGGAGGACACAGGACAACAUAACCAGUGGACAAGGUGUUCGAUCGGCUCUGGGUCGGCUCAACAAGGCAACAGAAUACUCCUCGUCCAGUGACGAGGUCGGCAGCAGUGACGACGAAGAGAGGAACAGGUGCGGCCUGUCCAAUGGAAAGGGGAAACACUUCAGAGGAAUACCUGAUGGGAUCGUACUGCAACCUCACCACAAUCUGAACCAGAUUUCUCGGAUAGGUUCAGAUGACACCUACCUGCUACCAGACCUCCUGCAGAAAACCUCCUCCUCCAGUCCUACCCACAAUGCACUGGGCCAGCAGCAGCGAACACGUGAACUCAGCUACUCGCAGUCGCCCACAGCCCCUCGAUCCCCCACACACCAGGACCUGCAUGCCAUCAGCAGUCCUGCUGGUAAAAACACCUCCACUUCUUCCUCUUCCUCAUUCCUGUCCUUCAUCGAUCCAAGACUGAUCCCUAUGUCAUCACCACCACAAAGCCCUCCGGGCAGUAAGGGUGAGCCAAUCAAGAGAGAGAACCACAGGAAGGGCUCUGUGGUAAAUGUGAACCCAACCAACAUUCGACCUCAGAGCGACACUCCAGAGAUCCGCAAGUACAAGAAGAAAUUCAACACUGAGGUUCUCUGUGCUGGACUAUGGGGUGUGAAUCUGUUGGUGGGGACAGAGAACGGUCUGUGGCUGCUGGAUCGCAGCGGUCAGGGGAAAGUCUACUCCCUCAUCAGCAGACGAAGGUUUCAGCAGAUGGAUGUGUUGGAAGGACUCAAUGUAUUGAUCACUAUAUCAGGUAAAAAGAACAAGCUCCGUCUGUACUACCUGUCCUGGUUAAGGAACAAAAUCCUGCACAAUGACCCCGAGGUGGAGAAGAGACAGGGAUGGACCUCAGUAGGUGACCUGGAAGGCUGUGUGCACUAUAAAGUGGUGCGUUACGAGAAGAUAAAGUUCUUAGUGAUUGCUUUGAAGAAUGCUGUGGAGGUUUACGCCUGGGCCCCCAAACCCUACCACAAAUUCAUGGCCUUCAAGUCAUUCAGGUCUCUGCCUCAGAAGCCGAUGUCUGUUGACCUGACAGUGGAGGAAGGUCAGAGGUUAAAGGUCAUCUACGGCUCCUUGUCUGGGUUCCACGCCAUCGAUGUCGACUCUGGAACACCUUACGACCUCUACCUGCCUACACAUAUCCAGGGCUCCAUUCGUCCCCAUGCCAUCAUCAUUUUGCCCAACAGUGCUGGAACAGAGGUUCUGGUGUGCUAUGAAGACGAGGGCGUCUACAUUGACACCUACGGCCGCAUCACCAAGGAUACGGUGCUGCAGUGGGGGGAGAUGCCUGCGUCGGUCGCCUACCUUCAGUCUAACCAGGUGAUGGGUUGGGGAGAAAAGGCCAUAGAGCUGAGGUCGGCCAACACUGGGAACCUGGAGGGAGUUUUCAUGCACAAAAAGGCUCAGAAACUCAAGUUCCUGUGUGAAAGAAAUGACAAGGUGUUCUUUGCCUCGGUGCAGUCGGGAGGCAGCAGUCAGAUUUACUUCAUGACUCUGGGACAGAACUCACUGUUCAACUGGUAACAACUGGACGUGUCACUCUGGGAUCAACUGGUGAUGUCUGCCCUCAUUAUUCUGGCUUUGACUAGUGAUGCCUUUUUAUAUUUAUGCUGACCGAUGUUCAUCUCCAUGGAUACUGGACAUAAAUAUCCCAGGAUCCAUCACUCUGUCUUAUCUAGUUUCCGUGUGUUUGGGUCCAAAGCUGAGCUGAUCAAAACUCCGACUGCUGCAAAAAACUGCUUGAAUCCAUCACUCCCUCCCUGAAUACUGAAACCUGACUCAUCGCUGCCACCUCGCCCAUCAUCAGAGGUGUUAAAAAGUGCAGUGUCAGCAUCUGUUCCUAGUCUCAACUCCAUGGAGUGUUUUCCAGUAGGAUUCAGGCUGCAAACGUCACUGCACCAGUGUGGCAGAAAUCUUUUUGUGUCCUGUUUGAUCCAAAUCAACCUGGAAGCAGAACCGCUGGCUUGACUCAGUUCACUAGUGAUCAUCUCUGGAUAUCCCGUCCAUCCUGGAGUCCACAACCUUCAGCUCAUCUCUCCUGGACCUUUUUUUUCACUCUCUUUCCCUAAAAGACGCCAUCAAAUCAGUUGCUCAGUUAAUUACGUGUUUAUCGGUUAUUCACUCAUAUUUGCUUCAGCAAUGCCUGGCUGUCAUGUAUUAACUGGAUCAACUGCUUCCUUUUCAUCUGAUGGAGUCAGGUCUUGGAUAAUCAUCCUCCUGUUACAGACCAGAAGUGUGAUGCAAGCAGUGAAACUAGAAGAACUGAAGUCCCUCAUUCACUAUGGACAUCAUCUGGGCAUUUCAAAGACUGGGUUGGGGCCAAAAUGUGGACUAACUACUGUAUGUCAUUCAACAUUCUGUGGCUUUUUUCCCUAUUGAUUUUUAAUUAAUCAAUUUCCAGAUUCAUGAACCCCUCUGUGGGUCCAAUACCUUGGCAGUGUUACAUAUGAAGUGUUUCUAAGCAGAUAUGAAGGACCCAAACAAAAGUCAGUUACUGUACUGAAUCCUUACUCUGUUGAUGCCCAUAUCCUAUUACUAGACAGUAUUAUAUUAUGCACUAUCAAAUGUUACAUUAUUGAAAAUUUUUUUUAAAGUUUUUGAUGCCUGAGGUGACAGUUUGAUUAGGGUGACAGUAAAUCAGCAUAGAUCUGUUCAGUUAUGUUUAACUGUAUCCAUAGUUGUACAUAUAUUGUCCAAAAUAUCAGAAUCAUCUUCAUCUUCAUUAUCAUGAAGAUAUACUGUAGUUCACUAACUGAGGACUAUUCAUAAGGUCAACCGAGGGCUGGGCCAUGUGGCCAAAAUCCCCCAUCCCGGAGAAGUUAAUGUCAUAUUUUGAUAUUGAUAUAUAUCACGAUAUAGAUAUAGAAUAUACAAUAAAUAGAUAGUAUAUAUCAGUGAUGGGCAACUUAAAUGCUGGAGGGGGCCACAAUUUUUCAUCGACACUACCACAGGGCCACAUAUAGGACAGAUAUGAUGAAUCUGCAAUUUUCAAAAUGUUAACAGUGCAGUAACUUAACAUAUUUCAUGCUCAAAUGCAUGUAUAACAGUAUAAAUAGGAAUACAAAAGGUUUGAAGCAAAUAAAAAAUAACCACUUACUGUGAUUUCUUUUUUAGUGCAAGAACAGCAGAGCAACAUUAAUUGCAAGAAGAAAUUUUGUGCAUCUUUACACUGCACUUUUAAGAUUUCAUGCUCAAAUGCAUGUACUGAGGGCCACUUCAAGUGAGGGUGAGGGCCGUAUGCGGCCCCCGGGCCUCCAGUUGCCCAUCCCUGUUCUAUAUGAAUUAACCGCAUAGUAAAGCCUAUUUUUGUAUACUCCAUGUAAGCAAAACGGCGAAACUCCAGCUUCAAUCCCACUUACAAAGGUCAGAACAUAAAGUAUUUUACAAAUUAUGUUAAUACGGUGAUACAGAUUUUGACGUUGUACAGUAGUGAUGUACCAAUGAAGCCUCAUGAACCAUUUGCUUUAUUUUCUAAGCCCACUAGAUGGCACUCUUGGUUUAUUGAAAAAGGCUGAAGCAAUGGCAAUCAAGUGUGUUUUCAGCCCCUUUGUUGAACAGAGAGCUCCAUCUAGUGGAGUCAGAAAAUUAAGAAAAUGGUUAAUGAGGCUUCACUGGCACAUCACUAGUGUACAGGUAUAACACCAUAUGGCCCAGCGCUAGGUUUAACCCAUAUUAUGAGUAGGAAGUCCACUUAUCUCUCUGCCUAGCUUGAAAUCAGUUGACAGUUAGGCAACAGUAAUAUAUUGCUGCAUUGCACACUUAGCAUUAAAAUGGUUUGAGUAACACAGUAUUAAUACUGUACCUUAGCAGUCCUCUUAGCUCCCAGUUGAAACAUUCCCUCCAGCAGAGAUCUGGACCAUACCAUUCUUUAUAUUCCAUAAUAAGGACCUUGUACUUGAGAUUACGAAACAACUCCACAAUAACAGGCUUAGAAGUAUUUUCUGCAUCUAUUUUGUACAGCUUAGGGUGUAUAUAUUCUUACAUGAUGCACUGUUUUCUAAAUAUUUUGUAAUUGACAAGCCAUCUUAAUGUAUCUGUACAGAGUUAUAGGCUUAUGAAUGUGAAACUCCAUCCCAGAACAGAGCUCAUGCAUGUUAUUUACAUGAUCUUUGAAGGUUCAUAUUCAGUGUGAACACGAGCUACUGACAGUGAACUGGAAGGCUCAAGAUCAAAUAACUUGUCGGGUGAAUUCUGUUUUGUGGUUGAUUUUCUACUAACAUGUAGAAGUCAGGGCUCUUUGCACAAUUCUGUAAUAUAUCCUCCUUUCAAAUUACAUUUUUGUUUCAAAGGGGAAACAUUUAAAGAGAUUCUGUAGUCAGUAUUGAAGAUGUAACUGAUAGCUGUUGGCGUUGGAUCAGUAUUACUUACACUACCCAACGUGGGAUGCACACCUGUUUGUGAUGGGUUGCCUUGAGAUUCUUAGUUGAGCCUUGAUGUGUUGUGAUGCAAUGAGCUGGGCCUGUUGUAUAGUAUGUGCUCUGUUUCCUUUAAUUCUUUGUGUCAUUUACACAGUGAGCUUCAAAGCAAGAAACCAAAGAUGAAGGCUUUGAUAUAUCGGCUUCCUUGAAAUCUGUGUAAGAUAAUUAACAAAUCACAACUGACUAUUUCAUUUAUAUUUUCAAAGUUUAGGGAGUUAAAUGUAUAUGAUUAUAUACUGUACAAAAGAUGCCAACUAGACACACACAUGAGACACAAGGAGGCCUAAAGAAUCUCCCAGGAAUGACAUGUCUCUCAACAAAAUAUAUGCAAUGUAAUCUUGCUAGUGUUCAUGUAUUUAAUAGUGACUAUAUGUAUGCUUUAGACUUUGCAGCAGUGAAAAGAUAAUUGGUUUUACCUUCAAAUGUGAAUCUGCAAUUGUCCAUUUCUGAUCCAUUUCCAUUAUUCAGUUUUGUCCAUUUGAUUUUGCCCAAACAGCAAACUUAGUUAUGUUUUGUGUUGCAUUAUCAUUUAUAUUAUAUUUACUCUUGAAUGUUGAGGCUAGCAAAAUUUGCGCCAAAUGUUUUAUAUUCAGUGAUACUUUUGAGUUUUUAUUAUGGACUUGAUAUAAAUAUUGCAGCUGGUUCUGUGAGAAUAUUUUAAACUGGAAAAUGAACUUCUGAUAAUGACUGUCUUAUUGCUAAGUUGUUACCAUCUUCAUACAGUGUUUGUUUCAGUGUGAAACACCAGACCAGACAGCCAGCUAACAUGGCUACGGUGCAUGGAAAUACAGGAGCAUCAGCUGAUUUUAACAGAUUAACAGACGCAGAAUUGUUAGCCAACAAAGGCUCAAGAUUUUCAGAAUCAAGUGAGAUAGCUUAUCAUAGAGUUUUUAGCUAACACUGCUCGCUAACAUAUGGCUAAGAGAUGAAGAGGUUUAGCUAGGUUUAGCUAGUAACAAAAACACAACCAUACUGCCCUACAAAGUCUAACUGCAGUAACUACAUUUUUGUCAAAAUUGAGUUAUAACUAAAAAUGAACUCCUUGAUGUCUGUUUUAUCUUGUGACAAAGUUUCAGAUUUCAAUUUUGCUUUAUUUCAGAGAAAUAAUUAUAUAGAAACCACAAAAUACAACUCAAAACCAAGCAGUAAUUGCACCUACCACCAUCUGCUUUGGCUAUUAAUACUAAUUUAAACAUAAAAAUAAUAGACAUUAUAAGUUUAUUUGAAAGGGAAAUUAUUAUCUAGAUAGUGAUUAAGUAAAAAAGUGAGAUAAAAUGAUAUUAAGACUAAAAUAUAACAUUUCUUUAUAAUAUUAAGUCUAAAAUACACAAAUCUUUGAAUAGAAUUGUUAAACACUUUUAAACAUUGUUGUUACUCCACUCUGUUUCUGAUUUACUAUUAGAACCUUUGACAGCAAUGCAGUAACUACGUUCUUGGGGUCAAAGGUCAAAUAAAUCAUGAUUUUUUUUUUUUGCCUAAUAAUUACAUCAUCAAUUCAUGUAGAAAUAAGUGGCAUAUCACUUACCUACCAAUUACACAUUUAGCUGGCCAGUUAAAAACAUUAAAAAACUUAAAGCAGUUUUUAUCAGUUUUACUUUUUGUGCAGUUACUGCAGUUAGACUUUGUAGGGCUGUAUAAACUGUAUUAAAGAAGUGCAUGUAGCCACUGUGACAUCCUUCAUUGGUUUGUGGACUACUUUUUUGAAGCCUAGAGUUUGGGGUUUUUGGAUUAAGAAGUGACCAUAUUUUGAAAAAGGUUGGAGCUAGUUUAUCAGCUAAGGCUAACGCUAACUAGCUAGCCUGUUAAGUAAGGUCCAUCCUUAAUUCAAGUUGACUGUGAUAUGCUUUUGGCUGGGAAAAAAAGUCUCUAAACAAAAUGUUAACAUAAAAAAACAGUAGCUACAACUAGUGAUGUACCAAUGAAGCCUCAUGAACCAUUUGCUUUAUUUUCUGAGCCCACUAGAUGGCACCCUUGGUUUACUGAAAAAGGCUGAAGCAAUGGUAAUCAAGUGUGUUUUCAGCCCUUUGUUGAACAGAGAGCUCCAUCUAGUGGAGUCAGAACAUUAAGAAAGUGGUUCAUGAGGCUUCAUUGGCACAUCACUAGCUACAACUGAAUGCUGAAGAAGACGUAUUUAGGUGACGAUUAACUUAACACACCUUUAUCUUAAUUAUCCACUCACCAUGAACUCACAGUUCACAGAUUGAGACUUUACACUCAUCCAGAAAAUGUUUACUGGGAUAAUUAAUCAAGUGAAGUGUAGGAUAAUUUUCUCAUAGACUUCUAUACAGUUGGACUUAUCUUUGCAGCCGGUGGAGUCGCCCCCUAUUGGCCAUUAGAAAGAAUGCAGGUUUAAAGCACUUCUGCAUUUGCUUCACUUUUCAGACCUGGAGGCCACUUCUUUCAUACAGUCUGUCGACAACUGUAAUUCAAAAAUAGUUGCAGUAGGAUGCAUUAAAACACUUAUCACAUGUCAUGUAAUAAGAAGUAAGAAGUUUUGCAUUCAGAUGUUCUGUUUAUUACUGAUGUACCAAUGAAGCCUCAUGAACCAUUUACUUAAUUUUCUGAGCCCACUAGAUGGAUCCCUUGGUUUAUUGAAAAAGGCUAAAGCAAUGGCUAAAGAGAGCUCCUCCUAGUGGAGUCAGAAAAUUAAGAAAAAGAUUCAUGAGACUUCAUUGGCACAUCACUGCUGUUAUGUCGUUUAUGAUGUGUUUGUAAUCAGGCACUGUGCUAGCUUGUGGUCAGGUGUGGUUAGAUGAUAAAUGGUGGCCGGCAGAGCACCGGCAGGUUUGGCCAGGUUCCUGAGCAAGACCCUGGUCAUUAGAGUCCAGACAGGACAGGAGACCAGACCAAACUAGUCCUAAACUACCACUGUGGCUCCACCAUGUGUUCAGAUUCACCUUACAUUUACAGUAACAAUGCACAGUAGCUAGUGUGUAUGUGCUACACUCCAACACUCUGUCACACAUGUCUGGUAAACAACAGUACACUUACUGAACAACAGCAACAAAUUAGUAAUUUUGUUAAUUGGCCUUUUGGUUUAACUCUUUAAUUCUUUCAUUUUAAAGCAAAGUCAGAAUUUGUUAGAAUGGUGUUGCAGUGUGAUUUCUGUCCCUCCAUUUUAAAGCAAUAAUGUAUCCGUUUGAGUACCAAUGGUUUAUCAUUGUUAUGCAUUUAUAUAACCAUGGUCAGAGUUAUAAUUUGGCAAAUUUGUGAAUACAGUCUUGCAUGGAAGUAUAUAAAUUUGGAAAAGCAGGUAACCGUCCUUAUACUGUUGAAUUAAAGCUCUAAAUGUGCCACUUUUUCAUCCAGCAUCAUAUUUUAUCUCCAUCGUUCUGCUUCAAGCUAUGUGUCACACCUAAUGAUGUGUUAUAUGAGCGCGAUAAUCCAUUUGUCAUCUGAAGCGACAGUCUGGAGACACAUCGAGGCCAUUUUUGUGGGUUAUUAGAAAGAAACUUCUGUCUUCCUGUGCUGAACAUUUGAGUCUAGCAUCACUAAUGAGAGAGAGAGAGAUCAGUGCACUUCCACCUACACCUUCCUCCGGUUAAGAUGAUGUUUCAGGCCCUCAGUGACUCACACCUCCAACUCUCCCACCAACUCUUUUCCUCUCACUUUGUCAACACGUCUCUUUCAUUCCCUCUGCAUCUUGUGCUCUCCUCUACCCAUCUACAUCUGUCUCUUAACACCUGUCAUCAUUAUCCAGCUCUUUGUCCUUUCCAAUGUCUCUUUCUCUCAUGUCAAGUCUCUCCAUCCACCCCCAGCAAUGGUCAAGGACUCUUCAGCCAAAACAGGAAGUUUCAUACUUUCCAAAAGGCACUCACAUGCUAAAGAGUAUCAAGAGUUCUUGAAAUAGACCACAGGAUUAGUUACUGAUGGUUGAAAUGGAAUGAAGCCUGAU